UAUGAUUUUCGAUUUUCGCGUACUCUCGAAACGUUCUCCGGAUCGACCAUAAAGCAAGCAGUAGUGAAUAGUCAGCGGAGGAAGACGGUGGUUCUUGUGCGGUUACUCGCGGUAAGGUGAUAAAGGCGAUCGGAGCGGAUAGAGAGAAAAGGACAAAUGGAGGUGCAGCGGGAAGUCUGUAGUGGUGUUUGGAAUGGAGGUCAUUAUCAUCCUUUAAUUUCAUUUAAUGACCGUUACUUCAAAUUUGAUACAGAGACCCAUUCUAUAUUUAAUUGUACUUCGCUGUGUCACAAUGUUAUUGAAUUUCUAUGUGUUACAAAAUUAGAUAAAUAUGUGUAG